UCGAAACGAAGCAGAGCUGCUGCAGGAUGAGGAUGUGAGGACAAAGAUUGCACCUGAGCGAAAACAAACACUGAUAGUCGACGAGUAGCUGUCUAAUAAAACCACUGGUUCAGCUUCUUUUAAAUUAAUCAAACGCAACACUUGUUUUUUCCCCCUUGCCAGCUAUGUUUUAUAGAAACAAUGACAAAUCCAGCAGAGACUGUCUCGUAGCAGCGACAAUGCUCAGGCCUGUCACAACCGGCUAUUGCAGAUUUUCUCCAUCACAGCAAUGACUAUGGAUGUCAGAGCAGUUCUGGAGUUCGCCACCGUCACCAGGGGUCUGUCACUGGUUCUGCAGGCUGUCUUCAAUGCUGUCAUCCCUGAUCAUGAUGCUGAAGCGUUCAGGCCCCCAAGGACAGAGGAGCCUCUGUACUUGGACCCUGCGGUGGACUGGCUGUUGGGUGGCCUCUCUCACUGGGACGCCGAGCAUUUCCUCUUCAUCGCUGAGAGAGGAUACCUUUACGAGCACAACUUUGCUUUCUUCCCCCUCCUGCCCGUCAUCCUCCGAGGCCUGGCAGAGACGCUGCUGUGGCCCCUGAGCAGCUGGCUGAGCGUGCGGGGCCGUUUGCUGGUGGCCGUGGCUCUGGGGAACAGUGCCCUCUUCCUGCUGAGUGCAGUGGCCUUGUAUGCGCUGAGUAGGAUAGUCCUCCAGGACAGACGCCUCGCUCUGCUCUCCAGCCUGCUCUAUUGCAUCACACCUGCCAAUGUGUUCAUGACAGCUGGAUACUCGGAGAGCCUGUUUGCCGCGCUGACAUUUGGCGGUCUGUUCCUCCUGGAGAAAGGAUUCACCUUCAGAGCUUGCCUGGCCCUCAGUAUAGCCACUGCAGCACGAUCCAAUGGACUUGUUAACAUAGGAUUUCUACUUUACCUUCCAUCGCUGCACGCUAUUUGCCAGAUUCGUGUAUAUCGUACAACGAAAAAAGGCCACAGUAAAGUUUUCCACUAUUUUUGGGCGAUCGUCCGUCUCCUGCUCACCUCCCUCUUGGGAACUGCAAUCAUUGCCCUUCCUUUCUGUGCUUUCCAGUACUACGGGUACAGGACGUUUUGCACACCGUCCGUCUCCCUGGAACGGAUCCCUCCUGCUCUUCUGUCUCUGGCUGAACUGAAGGGCUAUCGGGUUCCAGAUGAAAAUGGUCCACCGCCCCUCUGGUGCAUGAGACCCCUCCCCCUGCUUUAUUCUCAUAUCCAGGAUGUUUAUUGGGAUGUGGGCUUCCUCCGCUACUUUGAGCUGAAGCAGAUACCAAACUUCGUUCUGGCUCUACCCAUGGCCACUCUCGGCAUAAUGGCAGCUUAUGCAUACUUCCAAGCCAAUCCAGAACUGUGUCUGAGACUCGGACUUUGGGAGACAGGUGCAAGUAAAGGACUCGACAAACCCCCACCGGGAUUGUUCAACUCCAGAGUGUUUGUUUAUAUUGUUCAUUCAACAGUACUUCUGGUGUUUGGAACAUUGUGCAUGCAUGUGCAGGUUCUAACCAGAUUCAUGGCCUCCUCGUCUCCCGUGCCUUUCUGGAUAAGUGCUCACCUGCUCCUCCUCAAUGAACCACUUCUUCAUCGAAGGAAAACAUCAAAUCCCAACGUACAGCUACAGACACAUUCCAGAAACGGAUGCAAGCACAAACCUCAAAACCCCAUUGUUGCACUGCUGCCACACUUUAAAAGCUGUUCUUCUACCACACAGAGCAUCCUGGGAUACUUCCUCUCUUACUGGGUGCUGGGCCUGGCACUGCAUUGUAACUUCUUGCCAUGGACAUGAUUAAGAGAUUUCACUCUGACCUUUAAAUGCAAUAUGUCUUUGUAGGACUGGGCGAUGUACACCAUGUGUUAAAUCAUACACACAGGUGUCUUUUAAAGAACAUCAUCAAUAGUCCAUUUUUGUUAUUCCAGUCAUUUUACAUUUUUCAUUGCAAUAGCAUCACAAAGGACAUAAUUGCAUACAGGAAUGCAGCAUUGUGUCAAUAUUACGUUUAAUUAAUUAAAAAAAUAUGAAUGCACUUAUGUCUGUUUAGGUAAUUUUAAUCCAAGGCAAAGAAAAGAAAAAAAUCUUAUAUUAUAAUUAUUUUGCUCAGUCCUACAUAGAAUUUACUGACACUAUUACAUUAUUUCAUUGUUGAUGCUGAUAUACUCAUGCAAAUGACAACCGAUUUGAGCAUCUCAGUUAAAUGUCUUUCAGAACAAACUAACAAAAUGAACAAUAUUUCUGAAACUUAGUUGAACACUGUUUAGUUGUAAAUAUUGGGAAGACUGUGGUUGAACUUGAAAAACGGAUAUUUAAAUUUCUUGCUGAGGUCUUGCUGAAGUUUAAUAUUUAUUUAAUCUAUAAUUUAAUAUAGCACUGCAUGUUUGGAAAACUUAUUCCAAGUUAUAGUUUGGGAAUAUUUGAAU